UUUCAUGGGGUUAUUUCCCCAACAACCACCCGGCUGUCAUUUUUGGCAUUUUGAACAUCAGAUACGUCCAUUAGAUGGAUUUUUAAACGGAUCUUUUUGAUACAAGUAUUGAUUUAUUUAUUUGCCAAAAUCACUUUAGAACCCCAUCAAACUUUUGAGUCUCUGAACUCUGGUAACCUUAAUCCUCUAAGUUCUCAGAGACAUACAAGCAGGAAUAAACUGUUUACUAAUCGUCCCUGGAACUGUGCAGCUCCCUUGUAUAAAAAAAGGAAGAAAAGAAACAAUUUUACAGUUAUGACCUCUUUUAAAUUGGAUUUUCUCCCAGAGAUGUUGGUCGAUCAUCACUCUUUGGACAAUAGUCCUGUCAGGAAGAAGAUGAAUGGAUCUCUGGAUCAUCCAGAUCAACCAGAUAUAGAUGCUAUUAAGAUGUUUGUUGGACAAAUCCCACGAUCAUGGUCUGAAGAGCAGCUUCGUGAACUCUUUGAACCCUUUGGAUCAGUCUACGAGAUCAAUAUCUUACGAGACCGGAGCCAAAACCCACCACAGAGCAAAGGUUGCUGUUUUGUAACAUAUUAUACUCGUAAAUCAGCCUUGGAAGCACAGAAUUCUCUACACAACUUGAAGAUCCUGCCUGGGAUGCAUCACCCAAUCCAGAUGAAGCCAGCAGACAGUGAGAAAAGCAAUGCAGUAGAGGACAGAAAACUUUUUAUUGGAAUGAUCUCCAAGAAGUGCAAUGAAAACGACAUCCGACUGAUGUUCUCUCCAUAUGGCCAGAUAGAAGAAUGUCGGAUACUCCGAGGCCCUAAUGGACUCAGCCGUGGAUGUGCAUUUGUAACAUUUACAGGUCGACAAAUGGCCCAGUCUGCUAUCAAGUCAAUGCACCAGUCACAGACUCUGGAGGGCUGUUCAUCACCCAUUGUAGUGAAAUUUGCAGAUACUCAGAAGGACAAAGAGCAGAAACGCCUUGCUCAACAGCUGCAGCAGAUGCAGCAACUCAGUACAACUUCCAUGUGGGGAAAUUUAUCCAGUUUCCACAAUCUUGGACCACAGUUCCUUGCACUCUACUUACAGUUGUUGCAGCAGUCUACCUUCACAGGAAAUGCACUCAGCAAUUUACACCAAGUUUCAGGUCUGAAUUCCAUGCAGAAUCUGGCAGCUUUAACUACUGCAGCAAAAGCUACACAAGGCACAACUUCAACUUCCAACAUCAUGACGACAUCUAGUAGUUCAUUAAGUGCACUAACCGGCUCAGGCAUGGCAACAAUAAAUGGCAACCUUUCUUCUGGUGGCUUGUCUCAUGGCUCAGGUAAUACAAUGGAGGCGCUGAGCCAAGCCUAUUCAGGUAUUCAGCAGUAUGCAGCUGCUGCCCUACCCAACUUCUACAAUCAGAGCCUGCUAUCCCAGCAAAAUGUGUCAGCUGCUGGCAGCCAAAAAGAAGGCCCAGAGGGAGCAAACCUUUUCAUUUAUCACCUGCCUCAUGAGUUUGGAGACCAGGACCUGCUGCAGAUGUUUUUACCUUUUGGAAAUGUGAUCUCAGCAAAGAUUUUCAUUGACAAACAGACCAACCUUAGCAAAUGUUUUGGCUUUGUGAGCUAUGAUAAUCCAGUGUCAUCACAAGCAGCCAUCCAGUCAAUGAACGGUUUCCAGAUCGGUAUGAAAAGACUGAAGGUUCAACUAAAGCGUUCAAAGAAUGAUAGUAAGCCUUACUAGCAUUAAGGCCUAUGGAACAAAUUGUGUUCUAGUAAGUACAUGAAUGAAGAAUUAUUUAUUUGGCAUUUACUGUACUGUCGCUUUCAUUAUAAAAGUACAAAAUCAUACUACAUAGCUCUUAAAGCGUGCUGUGCUGUAAAAAUACAUUAUUUUUUAUACAACAGACAUUAUCCAAGUUUGUAUUCUAAAUAUUUGGUCAUGUUCUGUAUUGUCUUGCUGUAUGAGCUUUCAGUUAAAUAUAUAAUGUGAUUCACAAUGA